AUCGAGUUAUUCCGUGGCUGCACCGGGAAGCAUAAUCACGAAACGAUUCUCUGGAGGACGCUCGUGGAUUUUGUCAUUCGCUUGCCGAAACAGAGUCUCGACAGCAAUCGCGACAGUGGGAAUUGACCCUCGAAGGGUGCUGGCAAGUCGCUCGACCGCGAGAACUCCGGAGGUGGAGCUAGAAGAAAGGUGCGACUGGAAAUUAUAAAAGAGCGAUCGGCGGUCAAGAGGAGACAGUCUCCUUCAAGUGUUCACCUGCGCGACUACGAUUCGGGAAUUUCAGCUCCCCGGGACACCUUGGAACUUUGAGGAUCGAUCGAAAUGGGCGCGGUAGAGUGGGUAACCGAGGAGGACAGCUACGAGUGCAAGCUCUCGAAGGAGACGCAACAGAUCGCCAAGGAUGAGCUCCGAGAGGACAAGAACACUCGGGACCAGGCCCUCGAGCAGAUUCGUAAUUGGAUCAAAAUGAAUCCGCGAAUCGAGAACAGCCGUCUCGAUGGCCAAUUCUUAUUAAGGUUUCUGAGAUCCAAGAAGUUUAACGUACCGAUGGCUGAAGAGGCCAUCGAGAGAUACUUGCUGCUGCGACAGGUGUACCAUCCGGCUUUCAAUCAUUUGGACUCGACGGAGUCUACGAUGGAGGAACUUCUGACUUUGGGGUACCUGUUCGCCGCACCCGGACGCGACAAGAAAGGCCGCCGCGUUGUUAUCGCUAGACCAGGUGUGUUCGAUCCGCACAAGUACACGAACGCCGACAUGUGCAGAAUCCAUGCGAUCACCUACGAGACGCUGAUGGAGGACGAGGAGAGCCAAGUGCGCGGCUACGUUCAUUUCGCCGACGGAGCCGGCGUCAGUUUCCCUCAUCUGACGCUUUUCACGCCGAAGGAGGCCGUCCGCAUCGUUAAAAACGGCGAGCGUACCAUACCUAUGCGGCACAAGGAGGUCCACGCUAUCAAUACGCACCCUUCCGUGAAGUUUGCUCUCGACUUUGGGCUCACGUUGAUCUCCGACAAGAUCCGGAAGCGGGUGAAGAUCUACACCAGCCUGGAGGACGCUGUGAACCAGAAAAUGGACACCAGCCUGCUGCCGAAAGAAUACGGCGGCACCAUGCCCAUGAAGGAAAUGAUCGAUCUGUGGAGGAAAGAGUUGCUGGACAUGAGACCCACUCUGUUGAGCCACGACAAGAUGAGAGUGCGCCUGGAGCUGUAUUCCGAGAAGGCUCGCGAAGGCGCGGUCUCGGCCUUGAAGCAUGGUUUCGGAUGCUCCGACAUCGGAUCCAGCGAUUCAAACAUGUACGGCAUCACCGGCUCGUUCAGAAAGCUCGAGGUCGAUUGAUCACGAUCCUCGAAUCCUCGUCGUUAACGAAAGCAUUAUCGUUUUCAUCGUAUUUACUUUGUCUGAGGGAGGGGAGGGGGGGGGGGUGGAGAAGAGACAUAUAGUCGAUAUUUCUGUUGGUAGCAUAUUCGUAUCGCGGAUACGCCUAAAUAAAUCUACGAUCUCGGUCGGCGCGACCGCGCGCUCGACAAAUUGUUAAUUAUUAAUUGCCGCUUCUCCCGGAGCGAAACGUAGAGAUAAGGACUUAAGGACUUAACGCUUUUUUGUUGCCCGAGUCCCACGGAAUUAGCAGCCGUGAAACGGUCGUGGGGAAACUCGGGCAAGGUGUACUAGUGUUUCACGAGAAUAGAUCAGAGAACAAUGUAGGAUUAGAUUUAAUGUUGUAUCAUAAGUUGCACGAAAUUUGAUUGUGGCACCCGAUCGGUUGUAAAUAGGAAAUAAAUGCACAUUUUUCUACAUCAA